UUUCUACUUCUAUUACUUUUUUAAUCACAAUUCGGACAAUCUGAGGAAAGUUAGAACCCAAAUUAACUCCAAAACCUAUUUUUUCCCAAUUUCUCAGAACAGAGCAAGAAAAAUUCAGCCUUUUCUUCUCAAUCUCUCUCUAUUCCCAAAAAUAGAGUAAUUUUUUUUUUCUUGAAAAAAAAGUUAUCACCAUUAAAGCCCUUUCUCUGUUUUACUCUGCUAAUAGCAACAAAUUUGAAAAUGAAUAGUUUCAGUUCUGUUUUAGAUUGAAUCUACUUUACUCUUUUUGUUCUAAGAAGCUUCUCAAGCUUCAAAUUUUUCUUUAUUUUCUUUUCUGGGUUUUGAGUUGUGUUUUUCUUUUUCUUUUUUCUUUUUUCUUUUUUUCCAAAAAACAAGAAAAAAAAAAUUCUUUUUGGAGGAAUUUAAGGAGUUUUCGUGUGUUUGGGUUUGAGUAAAAUGAUGGGUUUUUGUUGAGGAAAUCCUAGAAUUUUUUUUUAAAAAAUUUAAUUUUUAAUUUUUUUUUAAACGGUCUUGGGUAUGGAAGGAAGGGAAGUUAUUAGCAGUAGUGGGGUUACAGUGGUGGGAUCAGAUGCUCCAUCGGACUACCAUGUGGCUCCUAGGACAGAAAACCCUAGCCAGGUCACUGGAUCAGCUCCGGCUUCCGCAGUGGGCGUAUCGCCGCCGUCUGCGGCGGCGGGGUUCCCACUGACGGUGAAGAAGAAGAGGGGUCGGCCAAGGAAGUACGGCCCAGAUGGGACAGUCACUAUGGCGCUUUCUCCGAAGCCAAUUUCGUCUUCGGCGCCGUCUCCGGUGAUCGAUUUUUCGUCCGAAAAGCGGGGAAAAGUCCGGCCGGCGGGGUCGGCUAGCAAGCAACAGCAGCACAAGAUGGAGAUGGAGAAUUUAGGUGAAUGGGUUUCAUGCUCUGUUGGUGCUAAUUUCACGCCCCAUAUAAUCACCGUCAAUGCUGGAGAGGAUGUUACCAUGAAGGUCAUAUCAUUUUCUCAACAAGGGCCUCGGGCAAUAUGCAUUCUUUCUGCAAAUGGUGUAAUUUCAAGUGUCACACUUCGUCAGCCUGAUUCUUCUGGUGGUACAUUGACAUAUGAGGGCCGUUUUGAGAUACUCUCCUUGAGUGGGUCAUUCAUGCCAGCUGAGACUGGAGGAAUAAGGAACAGAUCAGGUGGCAUGAGUGUCUCUUUAGCCAGCCCAGAUGGACGAGUUAUGGGGGGCGGAGUUGCUGGUUUGUUAGUAGCAGCCAGCCCUGUGCAGAUUGUUGUAGGCAGUUUUCUAGCCGGGAACCAGCAUGAACAAAAGCCCAAGAAACAGAAAACAGAGUCCAUAACAACUACUGCCACACCAACGGCUGCCAUCCCGAUUUCUAGCACACAGAUGGAAGAGUCAUACGGUUGGCAAGGGCCACACACUUCUACGACACCAAAGCCAAAUCUCUCGGCUCCUUCAUUCCAUGGAAAUAACUGGCCUUCAUUGCCUCCAGACUCGAGGAAUAAGCCAACUGAUAUCAAUGUAACUCUGGCUGGAUAGUUUUUUAAAGAGAGCCUCCGCUGAUUAUGCAUUAUGAGGUUCGUUACUGACCAGUGAGCGCGUUUGGCCAUUAAAAACUCCGAUCGACACAUCUCACUUCCCUUUGUUUGUUUGUUUGUCUGUCUGUAAACAUAUUACAAUUUAUUAGUAACGGCAUGUCGAUUUCCGAUGGGGGGUUUGUUCUCGUGUUGUGGUUUAAUUAGUGCGUUAGGCAGGCUUCGUCUGCCUCGGUCUUCCUGUAGAAUAUUUUACUGUUAUCAUUACCCUAGGAGUUUUUAACUUUUUUUUCGUGCAUUGUGAUUCGAAUACUAGUUGUCUUUAUAAUAUUUUCGGAUUUGGCUCC